GCCAUAGCCAAUUCUACAAACCAAAAACCUUAUGACACGAGGUCCGCGAGAAGGAGAGAAAAGAAAAAAAAAGGAAGUGAGAGGGAAGGAUAGAAAGAUACGGAGUAGCUUAGAACGCGAAACCGAAACCGCCGGGAGGAGAAGCAAAGUCGUCGGAUCACUUUCAGAAGGAGGGGGAGUCGCCAGAGGGCCACAACCCACAGUGCCACCAUGGGAGACGAGGUAAUAAGCUCCGUUGGAAACCUCGACCGGGUUACCGCAUCAACCAGUGCAUGAAGCGGGUUGAACGCUGCUGCCGUCACCAGUAGAAGGAAGAACCAAAGCCGCCGCAAGGAGAGGGUCGUUAUUAUAGCCGCCACAGAGAGAGAAGGAUCACCCGUAGAGUUUUCCGUCAAGCAAACUGUCUGUCGGCUCCGUCGGAGAAGACGAAGAAGAGUACUUACGGUAGUCGCGGUGAAGAUCGAUAUAACAACUCGAAUAGGAGUGACACGAAACGAGAAUCAUGCCGCCAAGAAGAAACCCCGUUACGACCCCAACCGUUGAGGAGUUGGCCCAAACUAUUCAACAAAUGGCACGACAUAUCGGAGCGGCUCAACCCCAGAACAAUGGGAUUGACUACGCUACAAGGGUAGACGGGCGUAACCCCCCGAAAUAUCUGGGCGAGGAGGACCAUCUUAUCCUGGAGGACUGGGUUCGUACCUUUGACAAACUCUUUGACUCCCUCACCUGCCCGUGGGAGCAACGAGUAAAUAUUGCGGUGUAUUACCUACACCAAGAAGCUGACCAUUGGUGGGCCGCCAAUGGACCAACACUUCUCGAGCAACCGGGCUUUUGCUGGGAGGACUUCAAAGUAGCACUACGUGACCGUUUCUACCCCGAUCACGUGAAAGAGGCAAAUUACGACGAAUUCGUCAAUUUCAAGCAAGGUGACCUGACUGUUCAAGAGUACCACACGAAGUUCGUCCAAUUGGCUCGUUUCGCCAAAGACCUGGUGUCAACCGAGGGCAGUAUGACACGCAGAUUUGUUAACGGGCUUAACUACGGUGCCCAAAAGUUUGUGACUGUAGCAGAGCCACGAAAUCUGAACGAAGCAUAUAGGAAGGCUGGUAAGUACUACAUGGUACACCAGAAGGAGAGGGAGGCACAUAAGAGGGAUCGUAAGAACGCUGAGGUGGAGCAGCAGCACAAGAAGGCCAGAACUGACCACCCUGAGCCCCGACAAAACAAUCAAGGCGGGAGAAUAUUCCAAGGCCAGGGUCAGGGGAGAAACCAGCCUAACCAGACACGGUAUUACAAGUGCAAACUCUGCCCGAACAACCACCCUGGAGCAGAUUGUGCAGGUAAUCCGGUGAAGUGCUACAACUGCAACCUCAUGGGGCAUAGGGCAUAUGAGUGCCGGAAGGAGAAGAGGCCCCAAACCCAGGGCCAAAACCAAGGGAUGUACAAUCAGGGGAAUGGCCAAGCCGGGGGUGGGGGUAAUCACGUUAACAGUAACCGUGGUAACCUCGGCACCCGUCCAACGGAAGGCAACCGUAACCAGGGCCAGCAAGGGCAGAACAAUAACCAAGGCCGAAUCUAUGUCAUGAACCAAGCUCAGGCAAAUGCCAACGACGUGGUGUCAGGUAGUCGCGGUGAAGAUCGAUAUAACAACUCGAAUAGGAGUGACACGAAACGAGGUGAUGAUGACUAUGUUGAUUGUUGAUUCCAUGCGUCCGAGAGCGGUUGCUAGAUGCCUUAGUAAAACCUAGACAUGAAUGAAUUUUUUAGUUACGUUGAACAUUUGUUUCUUCACAUCACAAUUAAUUACGACUGUUUUGUUUUAGUUGCCUGUGCAUCCGGUUAAGAGAUGACCGGAUGUGGCGGUAACACCCGUUUUCCCUAUUUAAAUUAUUUCCGCUGCAAGAUUUUUAUCAAUUUCGAAUGAAUAAAGCAAGUUUAUUAUCAAUAAAUUAUUAUUUCAAGUA